AUGAAUCUGCUUUCGUGUUUGACCGGACAGAAUAAUGAAGGGGGAGAAACACCAGAGACACCUAAUAUCGAUCAAUUACGUACAUUUAUUAGUCGGUUUCAACAAAAUCCUGAUACUGACAGCGCAUUAAUCAAACGUCCGGACGCUACGGAGCUUUGUGAAUGGACAAAGAAAGUUUGCGAAUAUUUACCAAACGCAAAUGAAGCAGCUACGGCUAGCGGCGAUGAUAUGCGUCCGAUGAAACAGCAUUUUGGAAUUAUUAAACAGUUCUAUGGUACGGUUCAACAAGCUGGAUUUACACAAAUGCCACCUGUAGUCGAAACAUUUCUGUCGAGCAUACAGAUCUAUGAGUCAGUGUCCGGUUUAGCUUGUGUUGUCUUUGCUGAACAUCCGGAAAUACUUCGCGUUAUCGAAAAUCAAUUGAAUGAAGCGCGAGAAGCGAUAACGGAGCACGGAAAUUUAGGAUUUAUUGGAUUACUAUGUUGUGGAUCGGGAAUGCUUUUGGGAAGGUUUAAUACAAUUCUCCGAGUUAUUGACGAGAAACUAGGAGAACUCGGUAUUGGUCGUGUUUUGGAUUUUUUGGGACAAAUCAUCGAUGUGUUUUGCAAAUUCUUCAAUGUCGAUAUGUCGAAUAUUAUGGAUUUACAAAACAUAGCCGAAACAGUUAGGGAAUUGAUCGAAAAAGUUGGUCAACAACUGAGUUCUAUAUUCGGUCGAUUAGCCUUGACAGGCGAUAAACGUUCGACCAAUGAUCGAUUUGCCCCAUUGGAGAUGACAGCAAAGAUUCAUCGGAAAAUUUCUAAAUUUGGUACCAAAGCUCCGGUUGUUGAAAAAGCUUUGAAUUCAUUCGAACGCUUCUACCAAGCAGCCAAUAAGCUUGAUGAUAAUCUUAUUCAAAAACACGGCGCACGAGUUGCAGCGCAGGCGGAUGCUCCCGUUCAAUCGGGUGAAGUCUUGUUAGCCACUAGUCAUGAUGUUGAUUUAACUCGUUCGGAUGCUGUUGAAGUAUCCGCUUCGAACACUGUGAAAGAAGUCGGUGUCAUCGGACAUAUGAUGCAAAAUAUCGAACUGGUUUUAACUUAUGGUAUACUUGCGUUGAAGAAUGAAGAUGAUGUUCUACAACCAUUAUCGACUUACAUCGAUGAAUGUACACAAAUUCUGGAAAAGUUCGCGCAAUUACAUCCGCUGUACAAACUUAUCUGUGGUAGUAAUUACCUUAGUAAACUGCGUGUGUUUAUCGACAAAAUUGUUGAUUUAUUGAAGAAUUCGAAAUUGAAAUUGAACUCGCCCGAAGAAUUCUUUCAGGAAAUCAAAGAACGCUAUCCGGAAUUAUUGAAAAUGUUAGCGGAUGAUAUCAUUCAAGAUAAAAUCAAGAAACAUAUCACGGAUAAACUACCUGAUGGGGUAGACAAUCUUUUCGACGAUGCAGUGAAAAAUAUUUUUGGAAAAUUUUCUUCGAAGUUCUAA